AUGCUUAUUACAAUAUGUGGAAAUCUUCUUGUGAUAAUUUCUAUCAUUUACUUUAGAUAUCUCCACACUCCUACUAACUACCUUAUCCUCUCUCUGGCUGUGGCUGAUCUACUAAUUGGUGCUUUAAUAUUUCCUUUGAGCAUGACAUUCUCUCUAAAGCCAUGUAUGUAUAUAAAGAAUUUCUUUUGCAACUUAAGAAACACUUUUGAUAUAACAAUAAGUGUAUCUUCCUUAUUAAAUUUGUGCUGUAUUUCUGUUGAUCGAUAUUAUGCUGUUUGCCACCCUCUGAUAUAUAAAACUAAAAUAACUGAUUGUGUUGCCGUGAAGAUGGGCCUUGGAAGCUGGGCUGUUGCUAUCUUAAGUGGAACUUUUGUCUUCCUGAUUUAUUCAUUUUAUCCUCUGGAUAGUUUUAUACUUUAUGUGCUUCUUGAACCAUUUAACUGGUUUUCACUUUCUAACUCAAUGCUCAAUCCCUUUAUUUAUGCUUUCUUUUACACUUGGUUUAGAAGAGCUUUUAAAAUGAUCAUUUCUGGAAAAAUAUUUCAAGGUGAUGUUACUAACAUAAAACUAUAUCAGUAA